GGAGUAUUUUCCACUGAACCUCCACCGCCGCUCCCCACCCUCUCUCUCUCCUCUCUCUCUGUAACCGCCGUAGUCUCGAACCAACACCUCUACGAUGUCUCUGAGCAAAGGAGAAUUGGCUGGUCGUUUCCUCGGACGCUGCAUUUUCACCGGUUUCGGAAUCGCCCUCGGCUGUGCAACCAUCGCUAAAUCCUUCUUCCUAGUUAACGGAGGCCACUGCGCCGUCGUCUUCGACCGUUUCCGCGGCGUCAUUGAUGAUACUUCUGGAGAAGGCCUGCACUUAUUGAUCCCAUGGAUUCAGAGACCAGUCUUCUUUAACAUCCGCACCCGUCCCCACGCUAUAUCCUCUGUAUCAGGCACCAAGGAUCUACAAACUGUGAAUGUAACUCUGCGAAUCCUAUCAUGCCCCGAGGUAAUUUUCCUUCCUCGAAUUCUAAGAGAACUGGGCAAAAACUACGACGACAUAAUCCUCCCAUCCAUUGCCAAAGAAGUUCUAAAAUCUGUCGUUGCACAAUUCAACGCCGAAGAGAUUGUAACAAAGUAUUACGACGUUACUGACAUGCUACAAGAAAAACUGAACAAUAAAUCAAGAGCUUUCAACAUUCUUGUGGACGAUGUUUCGAUCACACACUUGUCAUUUGGCGAGGAGUUCUCAAAGGCUGUGGAGCAGAAGCAGGUGGCACAGCAGGAGGCAGAGCGGUCUAAACUCAUGGUGUCGAAAUCAGAAUACGAGAGUAAAGCCGCCAUUGUUAAGGCUGAAGGUGAGAGUGAAUGUGCCAAGCUGAUUUCCGAAGCUACUGAAGCUUCCGGAACAGGUCUGAUUGAGCUGAGGAAGAUCGAAGCUGCUAAAGAAAAUGCUCAGGUGCUGUGCAGCCAUGGAACUGUGAUGUAUUUGCCGAGCAACAACAACGUGCUCAUCGAUGUCAAACCUCCCUGCAAAUCUUGAGGUAAACUUGCCUUACUGGAAUUUCUUUUUCUGCAUUGCUUUUUUAAUUCUGUUUUCGUGUUCUUGAUUUGUGUGGCUUUUGCAUCUACUUGAGCUCUUUUAUGAUUUGGUUUUGUUCUUAUGCUUUUCCGGUGUUAUA